AGGAUAAAUGAAGUGCCUCUUAUUUCAUCUGCACCCUUUGAUGUUAGAUACUUUAGAAGUUCAAGUUGUUUAUUGGGAAUAUAUUUAUUGUGUGAUAAAUUUAUGAGUGAUCUUUUCUUGUAGCAGACAGGUGAUAGUAUUUCCUAUAGUAAGGAGGAGGAGGAGGAGGAGGAAGAAGUUAAGGUACUAGAUGCUGUGAUAAGAGAACCUGAUCUGUGUAUUGAAAAUCAAGAUACCAGUAGUAAUGACUCUGGUUUGUCACUGACCUCAGCUCUUACCAACAAACUUGAAAAGCUGACUUUAGAAGAUCCAGUAGAAAAGGAGUGUGAGGUUGAUGGAUUAUCUCCCCUUGAGGGAAUGAAAAUGGAACAUACAGAAAUGAAAGUAACAAGUUCACAGUUGUCUCAAAUUAGACAGAACAAUUUGGCUAGACGCAGGGAACAAAUGAAGCAUAUAGCUGUCAUGCCCGAUUUGAAAGAGUCACGUGAAUCAAUGAUGAGUGGUGAGGACCUAUUGCAGACUGAGGAACCUAAACCUCCUGAACAAAAAGAGGAGGAGGAGCCUCCAGCUGAGGUGGAGAAGGCUGUGUUACCAAGUGUUCCUGAUUCAUUCCUCAAGAAACUUGGUCUCAAGUUCAAGAAGAAUGAAAAUGUUGCUAACAGUAUCCAUCAGCUGACAGAAUCUGAAAUAGAGAAUAAGUUUACCAGUCUUUCAUUAGCCUUCAAAACAGAUAAAUUGACUUUAGAGAAAAGACUAGAGAUACAGGAAAGAUACAGAGAUUUAUCUGAACAAAAUGUCGACAAAGAAAUUAAAGGUCUUAGGACAUCUUUGGAGACUAUCAGCCAGUUACCAGAAUGUGUGGAUUCCCAAGUACAAGAUGUAUUGAAGAAGAUCAGAAGACAUAUAGAUGUGCUUGAACAGACUUCAACAAAAGUUUCUAGUAGAGCUGAAGUAUUUGGUGCAGUUCAACAAGAGAAAAGAAUGAGUAAAGCAAUAGAAGUGAUGAUAGCUCAUGUUGAAAAUCUAAAAAUGGCAUAUGAACAGGAACAUAAGGAACUUGAAGAAGCUAGGAAACUUAUUCAAGAUGGUCGUCCAUUUGGUCACACUUUCGAUUCAGAUUCUGGAUUUGCUUCAAGGAGGUCUGCAUCAGUUUGCCAAGGAAUUGGUGGUUUAGGAACAAAAACAGCCAGACGGAGAGUGAGCGAGAUUUCUGGUCCAAGAGUAGGAUCCAAUGGAACAUUAUCCCAUUCUAUGUCCCUGGACUUGAUUGAUACACGGUUGGGACUCAGGAAAGAUCCAAGGGAUGAUGAGGAUGCAAAGUCAAAGUUCCAGAAUGUUAUAGCAUCUACUGUGAUGAAAAAUUCAGUGACGAGUUCACUAAGGACAAACACUAGCGACAGACUAUCUCUGAGUUCUAGAGAGCCAUCUACAGAAGGAGAGAGGUCUUUAACAGUUACAAAACAGAAUUCCAAAGAAGAAGAGGCAUUUCAAAAAGGAUUUGAGCAAGGAUAUAAAGCCCUAGUUGGACGUGACUUAGCCAAUCUAAGAGAACAACAGAACAAUGUCAGUAACACUCUGGAGAACAUCAUGGAUGAAGUAGAGCAGGAUACUGAACAAGAGGAAAAGAAUUUAUCAGACACCAUAAAGGAGAAGUUUUGGGAGAAUGUGCCAUCGUGGGACGUAGCAAGCAAGAAACUAAGAAUGACCAUGGCUGGUUUCGUGUUCUUUAUGGCAUUAUGUAGUAUUGUGUUGUCCUUCUUUCCUUAUGGACAAGCUGCUAUGCAAGUACAACCCCAGUACAAACACAUGGGACAGCCUCCAUCGUGAAUCAAAUCAAUUUUUAUAUUGUUGGUUUUUUAAUGCAUAUCUGUUAUGUAGUAACUUGAGGAAACUCUAGAUGAAUCCGUUUUGGAAAAGUAAUUUGAUACCUCGUUUCCGAAUAUAACGGUACAAGCAUUUGGAUUUAUCUUUUUUGUUGAAGAAAAUUGAUGUUUCCACCAAGUGUCACAUCUAGGGUUUCCAAAGUAACUAGUAAUUUGUUAUUAAUUACUGUUAACUAAAAACCCUCAUCUUGUUCCGAAAAUUCUUUCAAAAUAAAUUUUUAAAAGCUGUUUCCAUCCUCCGUAAAAUAUUUCUCCCUAAAUACAAAUGUGUUGAUAACCUUAAGGUUAAGAAUUCAUAUUUUGAAAAAAAAAUUAUUCAUACUAUAAAAUUAAGAAUUCUUUUUUUGAAAUAAAAAUUAUUCAUACACUAAAAUUAAGAAUUUCCUUUUUAAAAUAAAAAUUAUUCAUACAAAAAAAAUCAGAUAACUGCCAUUUACAUAUCUUUGAAAUUGUUGCAUCAACAAACAUUUCCACAUUAAAUAAUAAUUAAAUUUAAGAGUUUCUAUAAUGAUAGUUUUUUUUUUCAUUUAUCAGAAGAUAUCUUUGAUUCAAAAUGUUAUGAGACAAAUUGAAUCUAAUGUCAUUUUUUUUUAAAAGUUUAUAAAUGUGAAAUAAUAUUUUGAUAGUUAACAUUUCGGUAACAUAGAUAAGGGGGACACUUAUUGUGAAUCUUGGUGAAAUAAAAACAGCUAAUUCACUUCCCUGACCAAAGUGUAGCAAUUUUUCUUCAUUCCUCAUACUUCAUAGAUUUUCAAUCAGUUGCAUUGUCAUAAUUUUUUUUAAAUCGGUUCAUCGAAAUUAUUUUCUUUAACCUAAUUCAAUGAAAGUAAGUUUUUAUGAAAAACAUAUAUUGAAGAAUAAAUGGUAUAUUUGGACACAUUAAUUUCUGUGGUUACUACCUAUAAGAUGUAAAGUGUUUAGCACUGCAGAUAAUAUCACCAUGUAGCUUAAUAAAAUCCUUAAAAUUUUUGAAUAAAAAAGUUCCCAAGUUAAUUUUUAUAACCAAAUAUAUUUUUAUUGACGGGAAUGAAAUACAAUAUUUCUAUUGAAAGUAGUCUUUUUUUUCUAAAAAAAAUUCCCUGCACUUGAAGGUAAAUGAUUUAUUUGAUUGAAGAAAUCCUUGAAUCAGAAAUUAAGAUCUGUUUAUAUAUUUGCAUAAUCAGAAAAAAAACUGUCAUAAUUCCAUUGAUCAGCCAAACAAAGGAUGCAAACUGCCAAGUUUGAUAUUUUUAUAAUUUUAUGUAAUUAUGUAUAUUUUAAUGUCAAAUGUCUCAAAUGUUAUCUGUUUAAACAACUGUGAUAUGUAUUUUAUUUUCAAAGUUCUAUAGAAGCUGGUUAUAGUGAUAUUUUUUAAGGAAUUGUUUCAUACAUUUUUGUGGUAUUUAUUUCGUUGUUAAUCUCUGGAAGAUGAAGAAAACAUUUUGAUGUUCAUACUUUAUGUUGGUUUAACUGCAAUUAGCAGUACUGGUAUUUAAAUUUGUAUGAUUAAAAUUAUGUAAGCCAAGAGGUCUGCAUUUUCUUUGUUUUUUGUAACAGGCCUUUUCAGUUUAGGACCAUGUUGAUAUAUAGCAAGCCCAGAUAGAUUUGUUCUGCUUGCCCACUCUAUUUCUCCGAUAUUAAAACACUAAUUUGUUGCGUUCAUUAUAUAGAAGUAACUAUAAAAAAUUUGUAUGUGCAGUAUAGUUAAUGACUUCAUUCAUAUUUUUUGAAAACAUCAUCACUCUGAAAAUGACCAUUUAAGGCUAAAAGAAAGGUUACAAUAGUUCAUGAUUCUAAGUCAUUUCACUUGUUGUAUAAACAUUUUGUCAUCAUUUCUAAGGGCAUUGAUUUAAAUAUAAUACUAGAAGAUGUAUCCACCUGACCCAUUCCAUUACUUUAAUAAGAAAAGGAGAAGGUAUGAUACGGCAAUUUUUUGGCCCCAAGAAUUUGAAUAUCAAAACUUUUAAACUUACAUAAUUAUGUAACUAUCAAAAAUUAGUUCAUAAGUUUACAAGACGUUAGUCUGACCAAUAUGUGUAUUCAUAUUUUUGAAUCGUUCUUAAGGGGUUUAAAUUUAUUGUAUUCAAUGGAUAUCUUCAAAAACUGCCAAAAGUAGCCUCAUUUCGAGAUCUUUUCAUUUAUAUUUUGAUAUGCGUCACAGCCUUACCAAGAAUGUUAUUUUGCUACCAAAUAUAUUCUUCAAAGAUGUUAGUGUUGGUAAAAUGUCCUUUUGAGUAAGGCUGUGGCUCAUAGAUAAUUUUGCAAUGAACUAGAUACAAGUAUUAAAUAGCCAUUUUAGAUCCACUUUGGCAAUUGUGACAUGUUCAUGACAUUAUAGUAACAUCUUCUACUCUCAAGUCAAGAUUAUAACAUCCUAUUCAUUGUAGAUAGAAUGAAAUUGAUUUUAAAAUUAUUAAUAAAUGUUGACAAUAUUUUUCAGUUUAGGUGUCAGAUAAUGAAUCGUGUCAUACCUUUUCCUUUAUUGAAUUAAUGGUAAUUGUCAGUCAUCUGUUCCACUGUUAUUAAUUAACAUCUUUAAUUUAAAGUUUAUAGAUUGUGGUUAAAAACAGAAGUUUUUGAAAAGUAAGCCUGUCCAAUAUUUCCUCUAGGAUAGAAUUUGAAAAAUACUCCCAUAUAAUAAAUAGGAUUAUUACCAUAUAUUUUUUUGUAAUGCAUUGGUACAUCAUAAUUUUGGACUAGUGUUUGAACAUUCCCAAGAAAAUAAUGUACUUGAAAUACAAGUAACAUGUUUUAAGUCUCAUUUAUUCACUGUCUUUCCUUCACAAUGAAUUGGGUUCAUUUAUUUUGGGUUGGAGAAAAAUUUGCUUAAGGUCCUCUUCAAUAAACUAUAGAACUCAAAGCUUACAGAAAGAUCAAGUUGGUCCAAAGUGGCAACUUCAGUGAUGAUAUCUGAUGUUCAUUGAUAACUGGCACAUAUAUCUCGGUGCAUUUUUAAAAUUCAAAAUGAUGGGCCCAAUUUUUUAUGUAAUUUUUAAUUACCAAGAAUAGAACCAAUGAUGCCCUCUUCCGAUCCACCAAUGUAUCUUGAAAGUAAUUCUGCAGGAGUAAUCAAUACAUGGUAUAUGAAUUAUUUUUAUCAUGCUACAUCUGGGUGAAUCUGGUAUCUUUUGUUGUCCUAUACUGUUUUGUUUUGUUUUUUUGUCUAAAGAUGUUACUUUCAAGUUUUAUAUCUUAAUGUUAAUAAAUAUCUAUUUUUACAUAUGUAUCUUGUUUUUCGAACCCAUAUUAGGACAAGACUGUUGAAUGAGCAAUAAAUAGGUGUCAAAACAA